CUGAAGACAAUGACUACCCUGAUGGAGUAGCACCUUCAUUGGAGUUUCUAGUAACAUCAACUGACAUCACCAGAUCUGGUGCAUCGUCAACUUUACUCAUUUUCAACAAUGAGAAGGGCUUCUCUCCAUCCAAUAUUCAGUCUAUUUGUGGUGUGGGCAAAUCAACGAAAAAAGGAAACAGGGACAAGGGGUACAUUGGAGAGAAAGGUAUUGGAUUCAAAAGUGUGUUCCUGAUAUCAAGCCAGCCCCAUAUAUUCAGUAAUGGGUAUCAAAUCAAGUUUAAUGAGAUGCCAUGUCCAGAAUGCAAUAUUGGAUACAUUGUCCCGGAGUGGGUUGAAUCCAGGCCUAGCCUUUCAGAUAUCAAACAGACAUAUGGGUCUACCAGAGACCUUCCAACAACCUGUAUCGUCCUGCCUUUGAAGGAUGAGAAGGUCACUGCGGUGAAGCAGCAGCUGUCAAGCUUGCAUCCAGAAAUGCUACUGUUUCUGUCAAAGAUCAGGCGGCUUUCUGUCCGUGAAGAUAACGGCAACGCUAGAGGCAGCACUGUUAGUGAGAUUGCAAUAUCGAGUGAGAAGAACUUUGAAGUGAGGAAGAACAUGCACGCGGAGUCUUACACGGUCUUUUUAUCUGCUCAAGAGAAUGAGAGUGAAGCAGAGUGCGGGUACCAUAUGUGGAGGCAGAGGUUCCCUGUCAAAGCAGAGAACAGGGUGGACAAGCGUACUGAAAUCGAUGAGUGGGUCAUCACCCUAGCCUUCCCUCUUAAGGAGCGACUAUCUCGUGGGAAGCAGCUAUCCCCUGGCGUAUAUGCUUUCCUUCCCACGGAGAUGGUAACGAACUUCCCCUUCAUCAUUCAGGCUGACUUCCUCCUUGCAUCGUCAAGAGAGGCGAUACUAUUCGAUAGUCCAUGGAACAAGGGAAUUCUGGAGUGUAUCCCAACUGCUUUCAUGAAUGCCUUUGUAGCACUUGUUAAGUCUAGAGCAGAUGCACCAGCAAUGACUAUUCCGUCGAUGUUCCAUUACCUGCCAGUCAGUCCUUCGCUGAUCCCUUUACUUGAGCCUGUUAGGUCUGGCAUCAAAGAGAAGGUUCUCGUCGAGGAUAUAGUUCCAUGUGAGUCUCACACUCCACAGAAGAUGUUUUGCAAGCCUUGCGAGGUUGCGCGGCUCAAACCUGCAUUUUGGGAUAUCCUUGUCAAGGCGAGAGAAUCUGGAGUGGACCUUAAGAACCUGUCAACCCAUGGAACCUACAUUCUCAGCUCUCAUUUUGACAAGAGUGCAUACAGCAGUGUUCUUACAUUUCUGGAUGUCAAAAGCGUGAGCCAUGAAUGGUAUGCAAAAUGCAUGGAGGGGUCUAAUCUUGUCAGCAAUGUAGAUGAACAGCUUUAUCUGGAACUUUUAUCCUUUGUCGCAGACAAUUGGCAAAACUUCUCCAGUACAAACCUGAAUGCAAUGCCUCUGCUGAAGUAUGUUGACAGGAACAGAGGUGUCUCUCUCUGGAGCAUAUCUAGAGCUAGUCAGUGGAGUGAUAGACUGUGUAUUGCAUCUGAUGUGAAGCGGAUGUCAUGGCUUAUCAGUUGGAACUAGGAGUUUCCAUCUUCUAACCGGC